GAGCCCCUGAAGGAACCGACCUGUUCAUGUCACGAGGCCGAGCCGAGCAUCGCCUCCCUCAGAUGGACACUGGGAAACCACCAGCAUUCUACUUCUUCAAAAGACACAAGAUAGAAAAACCCAGUGAAGAUUGAAGCAGCACAGUUUGACCUCCGGCCGUCCUCUCCUCUCGCUCUGAGCCAAUCAGAGAACACCUCGUCAGCGUUCUACCUCCCAGCGAAACAGAAAAAGGAAAAACUAAAUCAGCAACUUAUUAUUUGCUCAGUUUCCUCUUUUUUCUUUAUUAUUUGUGCAACAUUUCUCCAUUUACCUCAGGGAUCUUCUCCCACUGCCUACCUCCUCCACCGAGCCAGUGACUGGGACACGCCUGUGACCUUCCACUGCUGUGGCCCUGAUAACCUGUAUUGCCUCUCAAGCUCUCCCCACUGAGGCCAACCAGCAAUGACCUUUGACCUCUCGCCACCUGCCAGCUCAGAUCCGCUCACUGCAUGAAUUGUACUGAUCCUCAGUCGUAGCCUGGACCUGAGGCUAGUUCCUUCUGGAAGGAAAAGGUUGUGUUGCCACAGAGGCAGCUACACACUCACAGUAUCCUCACCUUCUGUAGAAUAUACCUGGCAACAAUAUACCUCAGCACACACAACUUCUACAAACUCACUCAGUCAAGGAAACAGAAGGGAACCCUUCAGCGACAGCACUCACUGUCCUGGUGCUCGACCCAGCAGGUAACACGUGCUCACCAGCCUGGUGCUCCAGUCUGCCCAGUAGGCACCUCACUCCAGCAUCUUCCAUUUGCCUUAGAGGCAGGAGUCUAGCAGCAGUAGCGCCGGCGGCCUCCAGAGAAGCAGGGAGAGACUUCAGAACAUCUACUGGCAGGAAACUUCACUCCGAGCGCUUCUCAGGCGGCAGAGUCACUUCACACACGAGCCUCAUGACAUAAGCCGUAGCAUCCGAGGCCUUCAGACAUCACUCAGAAGUUCCUCCUCUGCCUCGAGCUUCCUCUUCAGCCGGCGGAGCCUCCAGAGAAGAGGAGCUUCCCUCGGAGCAGGAGAAGUUCUCAUUAGCUUCGUGAGGGGAAACCACAGAGACUGAAGAACUUCCUGGCAGACUCCACUGUAGACCUUGGAGAAAGUGAGAAGAGAAGAUCCAUACCAGCGAGGAGGAAGAGGAAGAGGAAGAGGGGGAAGCAUUACGAGUAAAGAGAAGAAUGCAGCGCUUUGUAUUGCUUCCUCCGACGUCCCGCCCACCAUGCUCCUCCUAGAUUCUCACGUGUCCACUGAAGGCGCCGGCGGCGAAUGCUGAGCAGGCUGGCGAGGCCGGGGUCCGCCUCCUUGUCCUGUGAUUGGCCGCUGGACGGUACUGAGGCAGAAUGGAGCCAAUGUCCAACAAGCAGGAUAGCAACUCGUCAGAGGGGGACGAGAAAGGGUGGCCAGAUGUGCCGAAGAGAAAGAGGAAGAACAGCCAGUGUUCGAUGAAGAGCAUGUCUGCUCUCAGCGUCUCUGCUCCAGGCUACAUCCCCAGCUACCUGGAGAAGGACGAGCCCUGUGUGGUGUGUGGGGACAAGGCGACGGGAUACCACUACCGCUGCAUCACCUGCGAGGGCUGCAAGGGUUUCUUCCGCAGAACCAUCCAGAAGAACCUCCACCCGGCCUACUCCUGUAAAUAUGAAGGCUGCUGCAUUAUUGACAAGAUCACCCGCAACCAGUGUCAGCUGUGCCGCUUCAAGAAGUGCAUCUCUGUGGGCAUGGCCAUGGACUUGGUGCUGGACGACUCGAAGCGCGUGGCCAAGCGGCGUCUGAUCGAGGAGAACCGGGAGAAGCGGAAGCGGGAGGAGAUGGUGCGGACGCUGCAGGUGAGGCCGGAGCCCGACACGGCCGAGUGGGAGCUCAUCAAGCUGGCCACCGACGCCCACCGGCACACCAACGCCGAGGGGUCCAGCUGGAAGCAGAAGCGCAAGUUCCUGUGAGCACAGGGAGGACGGGACACAUUGUCGGACGACAUCGGGCAGGGUCCCAUGGUUCCCACCUCCGACGGGGACAAGGUCGACCUGGAGGCUUUCGGCGAGUUCACCAAGAUCAUGACCCCGGCCAUCACACGCGUGGUCGACUUCGCCAAGAAGCUGCCCAUGUUCUCAGAGCUGCCUUGUGAAGACCAGAUCAUCCUGCUGAAGGGCUGCUGCAUGGAGAUCAUGUCUCUGCGCGCCGCCGUGCGCUACGACCCGGAGAGCGAGACGCUGACGCUGAACGGAGAGAUGGCCGUGAAACGAGAGCAGCUGAAGAACGGCGGGUUGGGCGUGGUGUCGGACGCCAUCUUUGAUUUGGGCAAGAGCUUGGCCCAGUUUAACCUGGACGACACGGAGGUGGCGCUGAUGCAGGCCGUGCUGCUCAUGAGCUCAGACCGGUCGGGCCUCACCAGCCUGGAGAAGAUCGAGCAGUGCCAGGAGGCCUACCUGCUGGCCUUCGAACACUACAUCAACUACCGCAAGCACAACAUUCCCCACUUCUGGCCCAAGCUGCUGAUGAAGGUGACGGACCUGAGGAUGAUCGGGGCGUGCCACGCCAGCCGCUUCCUCCACAUGAAGGUGGAGUGUCCCAGCGAACUCUUUCCCCCGCUCUUCCUGGAGGUCUUCGAGGACCAGGAAGUGUGACGACCCCCCCCCCCCAAGGAGCACCCGGGA